CUCCCCCGGCCCACAAUGCACUGCGCGCUGGACAUGGCGGCGGUGUGAAGGGUCUGUACGGGGCCUGCACAGCUGGAGCAGCCGAACAUGGCGUCCACCUAGAGCGGCGGCCGUCGGAGUCGUAGUGUCCUUUGCGCUCUAGCCGGGGCCUGCAGAGCCGGGGCCUCUGGACCGGCGCUCCGCGGACUAGGCCGAAGCCGCGGCCUCCCCUAAAAAAUCCUGCUCGCCGCGACCCUGGGAAAAGGCCGCGAGGUUCCAGCAAGGCUGCUAACAUAAAACAAGGAUACCCUCCAAGGGAUACCAAACAGGUCGGCUGGUACUCUGCGUCCAGCAGGGAUUUGAAGCUGCUGCUGUGACUUGAGAAACUCUUCUUCAAUGGUGUGAAGAUAAUCUCGGAAUGAUGGAUGAUGUCACCAAACCAGCCAACCAUGAGUCUAGGAAGCCCCUGGCACGUGCCGGCCGCGGGGAUGGCAGAGGCACGCGAGUAGUAAACAACCAAAAGCACAGAAAACAUAGAGGGAACGGUAAGCUGGGUGGGGAUGGCGACCUCGGCUCCCCAAUCAUCGUUAAAAAGGAGAAACCAACAGAAUCAUGUGAUGCGACUGCCGCAGACUCCAGAGUCUGCCAAGAAAACUCUGUUAAUUGCACUAGUGGCUCAACAAAUGAAGAGCAGAACGCGUGUAAUACAAGAUCUAAAAGGUCCUCUUCGCCACAAGCUGGGAACUUUAGUCAGCCAAGAACCACUGGGUCAGAUCAAGGAGGCCCCCAAUCCAAAGAGGCCGGAGAAGCCCCUGAAAGUCAAAAUCUAAUUUCCCCAAAUCAGGUUUCUCUAGAAAGCUGUCUGGAGACCAAGAAAGACAUUUCACCUUCAGAUCAUCACACAGAGCCAAUUUCAGAUCAAGAGACAUCUCCUCCGACGUCAUCUCCACCAUGUAAAGCUGCAGAAAAUAGUCCCAAGGCAGAGCCUGUUCAAGCAGACGCAAUACCCACAGAUGAGUCCAUGUUAGCGGACCAAGAACUGGGCCUGAAACAAGCAGAGGAGAGGUUGAAGAGGGACUAUAUUCAUCGCCUAAAGAAGAGAUCUCCAGACUUCUCCAACUGCCAGUAUCUAUGCAAGCUGUGCUCCGUUCACAUCGAGAACGUACAGGGGGCUCACAAGCACAUUAAGGAGAAACGCCACAAAAAGAAUAUCCUGGAAAAGCAGGAAGAGAAUGAACUGCGAGCUCUUCCACCUCCUUCUGAGGCCCAGAUCGCUGCUUUGGGAGUCACUUUGGCAAAUGCAGCGACGGAACAUGGGAUAUCUCAGGAGGACUUUCUGUGCAGGCAGGAAAUUGUGAGCGAGAUGGAGAAAAUUAUCCAGAUUAAAUUGCCCGAAUGUUCCCUGAGAAUGUAUGGAUCAUCACUGACCAGAUUUGCAUUUAAAGAAAGUGACAUUAAUAUAGACAUAAAGUUUCCUCCAAAGAUGAACCAGCCAGAUGUUUUAAUCCAGGCUCUAGAGAUUCUGAAGAACAGCUCUCGAUAUAUAGAUGUUGAGUCUGAUUUCCAUGCAAAGAUUCCUGUUGUAUUUUGCAAGGAUGAAAAUAGUGGGUUAACAUGCAAAGUGAGUGCUGGAAAUGACACAGCGUGCCUUACCACUGAAUUACUGGCAGCUGUUGGCAGACUAGAGCCCUCUCUCAUUGCCUUGGUCAUGGCGUUCCGCUAUUGGGCCAGGCUGUGUCACAUAGACUGCCAGGCAGAAGGCGGAGUCCCUUCCUACUCUUUUGCCUUAAUGGUGGUAUUUUUCCUCCAAAAAAGAAAGCCACCAAUCCUUCCAGCAUAUCUGGGAUCCUGGAUAGAAGGCUUUGAACCUAAGAGGUUGGAUGAUUACCAUCUAAAGGGCAUUUCUGAAGACGUAUAUGUGGAAUGGGAAUACCGGCCAGCCAGCAAUGAUAACAAGAACUCUUCAGGAAUGGAUGGGAGGGGGAGAGCUGAGCAAAACCACAGGAGAGCAGCUGCAUCGGAAGCCGAGAAUAAGAAAAACAAGGAGAAGAUGGGAAAGUGCCGCUUGGUGCUUGAGCAGCCCCACCAUGUAUCCCUUGGGCAGCUAUGGCUGGAAUUGCUAAGAUUUUACACGCUGGAGUUUGCAAUUGAAGAAUACGUGAUUAGUGUGCGAGUACAAGUUCUUCUAAGUAGAGAAACCAAGAAUUGGCCAAAGAGACGACUAGCCAUCGAAGAUCCUUUUGCACUGAAGAGGAAUGUUGCAAGGAGCCUUAACAGCCAGAUGGUGUACGAGUAUAUUCUAGAAAGGUUCCGAGCAGCUUACAGGUAUUUUGCCUGUCCACAAAGCAAAGAGAAGAAGUCCAAAGUGGACGAUGAAAACAACAUCAGCCAGGAAACAUCUACAGCCGGAGAUCAAGUCGCUAACGGCAACCUCCCCGAAGGGGAAAUGGGCAUAGACCGGGACGGAGAGGCAGCAGAAAGCUGCAUUGGAGGGUUAGAGAUAGAGGGGUGCGAAUUAGACAAGGUCACUGAGGCCAUACAAAGACUGUGUAUAGAUGGCGAUGAGGCAGUUCAUUCUACCUCUUCUCUAGAUUCUUGUGAACUAGAUCUACUUCCUUUUUCAGAGACAGACCAGACAUCUGCACUCUUGGAGGUUAAAGGGAGCAAAAACUGUAAUGGACAAAAUUCUACAACUAUUGAGGAUUUACAUGAUACUACUGAAGUAACGUGUGCGUCGGAAGCGGUCUGUUCUCUGGACAAAUCCUGCUCUGACAGCUGCACCUCUGCUACCUCGCACCAUGACAUGAAGAAUGAAGGAAGCCUUAGUGAGGAUGAGCUCUAUUAUGUUUUUGAUAAGCUUAUAUUGACUUCUGGGAAGCCUCCCACCAUAGUCUGCAGCAUCUGCAAACGUGAUGGACACUCCAAGGAUGACUGUCCUGAAGAUUUCAAAAAGAUUGAUCUGAAGCCCCUUCCCCCUAUGAACCUCAGAUUCCGGGACAUACUGGACAGAGUCUGCAAGAGGUGCUAUGAUGAACUUUCUCCGAGUCCUGCUGAGCAGCAUAAUCGGGAGCAGAUCCUUAUCUACCUGGAGAGGUUCAUUCGCAAAGAAUUCAAUGGUAACGCCAGGCUGUGCUUAUUUGGCUCCUCUAAGAACGGAUUUGGAUUUCGUGAUAGUGACCUUGACAUCUGCAUGACUCUUGAAGGCCACGAGAAUGCCGAGAAACUAAACUGUAAGGAAAUAAUUGAAGGCUUGGCAAAAGUUCUUAAAAGACAUCCAGGCUUAAGGAACAUUUUGCCAAUAACAACAGCCAAGGUCCCCAUUGUGAAGUUUGAGCACCGAGAGUGCUGUGUAGAGGGAGACAUAAGCCUGUACAAUACUCUGGCUCAGCACAACACCAGGAUGCUGGCAACAUACGCGGCCAUCGACCCUCGAGUAAAAUACCUGGGAUAUGCUGUAAAGUUCUUUGCCAAGCGCUGUGAUAUUGGUGAUGCGUCAAGAGGAAGUCUGUCUUCAUACGCCUACAUCCUGAUGGUUCUGUAUUUCUUACAACAGAGAAACCCUCCCGUCAUACCAGUGCUACAAGAGAUUUAUGAUGGGCAAGUUAUUCCUCUGAGGAUGGUGGAUGGCUGGAACGCUUUCUUCUUUGAUAACAUAGAGGAAUUGAGAGUCCGGUUUCCAUUCCUGGGAAAGAAUAUGGAGUCCAUGGGAGAACUUUGGCUCGGAUUUCUUCGGUUCUACACAGAAGAAUUUGAUUUUAAGGAAUAUGUUAUCAGUAUCAGGCAGAAAAAGUUGCUAACCACAUUUGAAAAGCAGUGGACGUCUAAAUGCAUCGCUAUAGAAGAUCCCUUUGACCUUAACCAUAAUCUUGGAGCUGGAGUAUCUAGAAAAAUGACUAAUUUUAUAAUGAAGGCAUUUAUUAAUGGAAGGAAGCUGUUUGGGACCCCAUUCUACCCACUGCCUGGGCUUGAAGCGGAAUAUUUCUUUAAUUCCAAAGUCCUAACAGAUGGGGAGCUGGCUCCUAAUGACAGAUGCUGUCGAGUGUGUGGAAAGAUUGGGCAUUACAUGAAGGACUGUCCUAAGCGAAGGAGGAUAAAAAAGAAAGAAAAUGAGAAGGAUGAUGACAAGGACAUUAAGGAGGAUGAGAGGGAACUGAGAGAGAAAAGGUGCUUCACAUGUGGCGAUAUCGGACAUGUGCGCAGGGACUGUCCUGAAAACAACACAGCCAGACAGAAGAACAGUAUUCUAGCUUCUCAGAUCCUAAGCCGCAUCAUGUCGCCGCAAGUUAUGGCCCCUUUACAACAGCUGGAGCGUCCAACGCGCACAAGGCAAGCUUCAGAAUCGUCGGAAUCCCAUCAUUCAUCCUAUUCUCCUCAACCAUUUCAACAGAACUCCAUAAACCAGUCUCAGCCCCAGCAGACAAAACUACAACAGCAAGCGUCUCAAGCAUCAAAUGCUCAUCAGGUUCAACGGCCAAUGUUUAACUUUCCACACUCUCCUCCUACUCACUUCUCUCCUCUGCACAGUCUCGGGCUUCUCCCUUUACCUCCUCAGAUUCCUAUUCACAACAACAACUGGCCCAUCCACGGCCAGAUCAUCCGCACUUCUGGGAACCCUCCUCACUCUAGUGGUGUCCCCUUUCCAACACGAUCUGGCAGCAGCAACACCUCAACCUCCAGUCAGAGCGCUGUUAGUCUGAAUGAUCCCAGCAUCAUCUUUGCUCAGCCUGCUGCCAGGUCUGUGGGUGUUCCGACCUCUAUUCACGAUGGACACCGGCACAAUUCCCCAAAUCCCACUUCAUUGGUCAGCAAUGGAAACGUGGGCGGAACAGAGCAGGGAUUUCAAGGGCAGUUUGGUAAACCUCAUCCCUGGGACCGUGGCAAUCCCUCUCGCUACCCUCUGAUUCCUGGACCAUGGUCUUACAGCUUACCCCAGAACUUCUUGCAGCAGGCACCGGCUGGCUUUCAUUCCAAGAACUAUUUUCCUCCAGGCGCCUCGUUGAUCCAAAAUGGGCCGCAGUUCUCAGUCUUAUCACAGGGGCACCCACACCUAAACUCCAACUUCAUCCAGCAAAAGAAGUGACAUGAAGACAUUUUUUCCCCUUGAUAUUUUGGAUUUUUAUUAAAUAAUAUCUUCGCCUGACUAGACCCGAGGUUACUACCAGCCUUGUGGGGAGUGAGAACUUUUAAUUUGUAUUAUUUGUAAAUACAUCGGCUUUAGUUUUACUGAAAUCAUUCCUAUGAGUGAUGCUAAUUUCUUUUAUUUCAUUGCCCCAUUUUGAGGGGAGCUUUAUGUUCUAUUAUGGGAAAAUAUUAAACAAAAGAGAGCUUUUUUUAUUGAAAUUACGUUCCUUAUUUUCUCUGUUCAUAAACAGGCUGCUUUGAGCUCUCUAUAAAUGUAUAUAUUUUAGUUACCAAAAGAGGAUUAAAAGAAAAAAAAAAAAAAAAAGAAUGUAAUUUUUUUACAAGUCUUUUAUUAUUUGGGUCUGAUGUAGGUGCCAAAAGAACUUUUAAAUCUGAAGUCUUGUCUUAUUUUUGGUACCAACAAAAAGGCCAUUUUAUCAAAAUUAUUUGUCCCAUGAAGUGUAAAGAGAUUUUUUUUUUUUUUUAUUAUUAUGAAAAAAAUUCUGAGCUGCAAAUUUUAAUUAUUUCAUAAUUGGUUUCUUCAUUUGUAAUAAAAUUGAGAAUACCAUUGAA